ACGUGUAUGCCUAAAGUGUUAGGAAGUUGCAUGGUGAAUUGUAUCGAGUUAAUAUAUAUAUAUAUAUAUAUUCUUACAAGGGCAUUAUUACAGUGCUUGUGUUUUCUAGCAGUCCUUUUUGCUUAUUUUUUGAGUGAUUCGUUGAAAAAAUGGCAGAUGUCGAUUUAAUUUCCCCUCGCGAAACAUUUAAUGCAAAAAGGCUUGAGCCAGCAGAAGACGCUGCCUCAGAGUCUACGUCAAGGCCAAUAGUUAUUGAGCGCCAACGGCCACCUAGUGGAUACGAUGAAAACAACUGUGAUCAGCAGAGUAGUCAAAGUGAGGGAAAUGAUGCGGAAGGGCAAAAAUCUUUAGACAGCAUUCAGCCAAGGAAGAAAAAUCGAAGAGGCAAGUAUAAACAUAAAAAAAGGAAGUGGAAGCCUUAUUAUAAAUUAUCUUGGCAGGAAAGGCGUGAAGUUGACGAACGUGAAACAAUGAAGGCAAACCGUGUUCGAGAAGUUAUGCUUUCUCACGGACAGGCCCUAGCACCAUACAAUACAACACAGUUUUUAAUGGACGAUCACAAUGUUCAAGAACCUGAUUAUGAACAUAUUAAUCAUGGACACCGUCACAUUCAGAAGGAGAACAUUGGUGAUUCUUCGGAUGAAUUUUACAGCUCGCCAGAAGACGAGGAAGAUUUUUUGCAGCAACAGUUUUGUGAGGCAUACGAUGACGUUCAUGCCGAACGCCUAAUUUCUAUGUCCAAAACUGACCUUGUCCAAGAAUACAUUCAACUAGAAGAUAGGGUCGAGGAACUUGAAGUGAAGUUAAGAGAUGCUAAAUCCGUGUCAUUGAACAAAUCAAUAACUGACACAGAAGUGCAGACACCUAGUGUUAAAGAGACAGAACAGCGGGAAAAAAGUAGAAUAUUUCGAGCGGAAAUCAUGAAACUGGCGAAGGAAAACCAGCAUCUUAGGAAAGAAAAUGAGAAACUGAAAAAUAUGGUUAGUGACAGCUCGUCAUCAUGAUAAAACUAACACAGUAUCAGAUCGCUUUCUCAUGUACAGAUGUACAAAACAUUCUGUUAUAGUUUCUGUUUUUGAUAUUCAUUGUUUCAUUUUAUGUAUGCUGUUUUUAUAUUUCAAAACAAAAUGAUGAGAUCUGGUUUGCUGAAACAACAAUCAAAUUAUGAAAAAACAGCGAUACCGUAUUGUUUAUAUUUACAAUGAAUGAUCUUCCAAUGUAAAUUUGUAAAUAUAAAUGCCAAUUAAAUCCUUUUAUGUCAGUAA